CAUGAACCUCCACGAAUAUUUAAAUAAAUAUCAUCAACCGAGCCACCAUCAUCAAAAGAUUGUCUAUCCAAACUAACUUAGACUCACUUCCACUCAACCCAGAAAGCCUGUUGAGGGUUCGCCAUCUGAGCCAAGUUCCAACUCGACCACACUCCUCCUCGUCUUCCGUCCCAUCCGCCUCACUCAUCCAUCACUUCGACUUGUUACCACCAGUAAGCAUCGAGACGGAAUAUAGAUCUUCGACUUGAGGAGGAAUCUUUUUCCCCACGGCCAGUGUAUCAUUUUGGUAACUUGGAGACAUUGAAGAGAAAAAAAAAACUCACCGCACGAAAUCCUACGACGGCCGAAGGAAAUAGGACAAGCCGAUAAACCCAUCCAGAUACCGCCACCUCAAGACAUCCCAAGCGCAUCAUCAUGAUGGCCAACAACUUCCAUGUCUUCCUAAUCCUCUUGGUCAUUGCAGCUUUAGGCUGGCUCGACCCCGGCGCACAUCAGGUAUCGGCACAAGCCGUUUCCCAGCCGGAGGCACCCGGCACCCGGCCAGCACCCGCCAACAAUCCGCCCACACCUGCCACCGGCAACACCACGCCAACUACUAACUCCACCCUCCCCCAAUCAGGCCCCGCUCAACAAACCAAUAAUAAUCAAACAACACUGUCCGCUCAAAACUCUACCACAACAAACACGACCACUACGCUUGUUAAUAAUAAUCGCAAUAAUACUCUCGCCAGUACCAAUUCUACCUCCCCAUCAUCAUCAAACUCAAGCUCGAUUCUGAACAAGGAUGAGGCCGUCCCAUUGGACACCAAGAUCACCGUCCCAUUCUCCAUUCUCGGCGCCCUGCUCAUCGUCAGUGGCGCCCCCAUGGGCUUCUGGGGCGGCCGCAAUAGAUGGUCGAGUUACUUCCUCACCGGCGCGUUCUUCGGCGCUUUGAUCGUCAUGACUCCUAUCCUCAGGUUCGGCGUCAUCGAACAGGACCGUCAUCCAAGUACUGCUAUUCAGGGCGUCUUCGUUCUAGCAUGCUUGAUCUCGGCUAUCGCUGCAGGCGCUGUGGCGGUGAUCUUUUGGAAGGGAACCAGAUUCCUGGUCGGAGCGGGCGGUGGAUUCGUGAUCAGCUUGUUUAUCCUGUCACUGAAAAGCAAUUCACUUAUUCAAGCAGCCGGUCUCCGUUGGGUGCUCAUCCUCGCCGGCUCCUCCAUCGGCUUCGUCCUCGCCACUAUCCCUCUGCUGACGAUCCAUGUGACCCUUUUUGCAACUGCUGCCAUGGGCGCCGCCGCCGUCGUCCUCGGGAUCGAUUGUUUUACGACCGGCGGGUUGAAGGAGUUCUGGCUUUAUAUCAUCGGUUUCGGGCGCAUGUUCCCUCGGCUCACUUAUUUCCCAUUCACAGUCACAAUGCAAGCCGAAUUGGGCGUAAUGGGGGGCCUCUUCCUGAUGGGCGCGGCGGUUCAAUGGAGAUUGUUAGAAGUGAUCCGGAAGAAGAUUGAAGAACUCAAACAACUUGACCAAGACCGUCGGAUGCAAGAAGAUGCUGCCGCCUACAGACAAUCGAUGGCUCUUGAUGCCGACCUUGCGCUCUGGGAGAAACGACACGGUGACGAUGGGGACAGUGCGACGAUGGCUGCCAGUCCCCCUAAGAAGCACCACGGACGCAAGAGCUCCCAAUUUUCGCUUUUGCCGCGUCAUCCCGGAUCCCCAAUGUCGCCCCAGACGCCGCUGACCAUGUGCGAACACACGUCCCGACCGUCCAAUGAUCAUCUGCUUUCGCUGGAUGUUGAUGGAGGACUGACAGGCUCACUAGGGAUCACCGAGGUUCUCCCCAGCCCGAAUCUGCACACCGAACAUCUCUCCAAACCUGAUACCGUAGGCGAAGCCGCCGAGACGAUCCUCCCUCUCUACAAUACCCCGCACAAGCCUAUUGGUGGCCAGCGUCCUCUCAGUCAGGCUGAUAGAACAGUGUCGAUCGACUUUGAAAAAUUCGAGACCGACCGCAGAGUGUCUCGCCCGCCGGGGGCGCCAGCUUCAUGGACCAGUCCAAUCGUAGGCUCCUCCAAGCCCGGAGCUAGUCCCCGCUCCAAGCCAUCCUCUCCCGCCCUUAACGCCUCGCGCCCGAUGUCCUACUCUCCUCGGAUCCCUGAGCUCCAGGAGCUUCGGCCCUCAAAUACGCAUCUCAGGAGUACCACCGAGCAGCCGGCCGUCCGUCCGUUCUCUGAGCAUCUCUCACCGCUGCUCAAUGCUCGGCACUCUGAAGAUGUCCAUCGUCCCGCCGUCAACACCCGUCCCGCUUCCAGAGUCAUCCUUGGCUCCUAUCCUGCCCCCUCUGCUCGUCCUUCACAACCGCAAACAACACACAGGGAGAGUAAAGUGAUGACGAUCGAGGAACUCGACUCUCGUCAUAAAUCCGCAAUGAGGAAACUCCAACAACCUAUGACCGACAAAGUCUCCGCUGUCGCGAAGCCGUCGACUGCUACCCAGAAAACUAUCCUUCAUUCUAGGUCCGCCGCUUCCCUCGCCCAGCCUGCUCAUAACAAGGAGCCUCGUGAUCAUUCCAGAAACUCGUCGUUUGGUCCUUCGACUCAGGCUGCUACUAGACCGCUUGGACCACAUGGAGACGCUUCGGCUCCUUCAUUAUCUCCAACUACUCCCGCGUCAUCCCAGAUCCCAUCUGCCAUUCCAUCGAAAUCGACGAAUGCGUGGUUGUCCUAUUGACGCAAAUUGAGAUCCUACCCCCCCCGUCUCGUUUCUGUCCCUCUCCCCUCGCUGUCUCUCUCUACUCUCAUCUCAACUUGUUGUUUCUGAAUUUCAAUCAAUCAUUUCUUAAUCUUCUUGCCUUUCUUUGGUUGUCUAUUUGUACUCUUUCGCAAGUACCUCCUCAUCUCGCUUGUUAUCACUAUUCAUUAUAUUAUUAGUCGCUUUAAUUUUUAAUUCGUUUUUAAUCCCCUUUUUUUUGUUAUUUGCAUUUUCUUUUCCUCGAGAUGUAUCUUGAUCUUCAUGUCCUCUUCCUCCCGUCCCUCUCUCUAUAUCCCUCUGGGCUUGCAUCUCGAAUGGUCUCACAACCCCACUCCUUGCUCGAAUCCUUCCUUCAUUCAUUCAUGUUUUUUUUUUUCCUUCUGUAGCCUUUUCUUUCCUUUGUCAAUCUUCAAAGAAUGAUCAACGCUCUCAAACAAUCACACAAAAUUGAUUGUUUGAUUGUAUGUA